UGAUGGGCUCUCAAUCUCAGCUGUACAAACACAUCCUCAGAGCUGUACCUGCCGCCUGCAUGCGCUGUCCCUGCGCUCCUCUCACUCUCUGAGCCUGCCUCGACACGUCUGGAGAUGAGAAGCGCACAUCCGCAGAAGCAACGGUGAAGCAGAGGACAUGCAGGAAUUCCUGAAAUAUCUGAGCUGUGGAAUCAGACGUGGUUUUAACGGUAUCAGUUCUGCACCUGUUCAUUCCUAGAUCCAAUCCGGAGAGACGACAGACAACCAAACAAGUAAAAGAAAAGUGAGAAAGAAGAGCCCAUCAUUUCAGCAGUUUUCUUAAAAGGAUCAGAUAAAGCCAGAAAGUGAGACAGAAGGUUUUAAGACUUGAAGGAGCAAUGUGACGGGCAGCUCGCCGGCUGCGAUGGACCUCAAAACCAGACAUUGAAUCUCUUCUUCUCAAGACACAAUGGUCCUUGUUUUUUUCCUUGCAGUAUCUGACGCAAACUCAACCGUAUCAGACAACAAUGACAACCAGUUGCAGUCCAACCCAUACAUCCUGCCCACACUGCUCGGUCUGUUCGUCUUGAUUCUUGUUCUGGGCCUGCUGACCUGGUGUUGUCUCAGGUUGAAAAACCAGAAGAAGGCUGUCAUCACAGCCAUCGACAAGAAAGUACCAAAUGGGAUCCUGGAAGAGCAAGAAGUAUAUAUAGAUGUGGAUGAUGAUGACGAAGAUGAUCUUGACUGGCCGUCGGAAGAACAACAAACCGUGGUCUUACUGCCUAGAUCGCCGUCCACCUCCAAAACAUAUUUCCCCAUCCCCGUAGACAACUUAGAAGAAGAGUAUCGGAUACGCUCGGCCGACGAUGGAAAACUCUUCCGGGAAGAGUACAAUUCUUUACCAGGAGGCUCAACGCAAGGAACAUAUGAAGAGGCAAAUAAAGAGGAAAACAAGGAGAAAAACAGAUAUCCUAACAUCUUACCAUAUGAUAAUUCCAGAGUGACUUUAACACCUAUUGAUGAAGUUUCAUGUUCAGAUUAUAUCAAUGCUUCAUAUAUUGACGGUUUUAAAGAUAAAAAUAAAUUCAUCGCUGCACAAGGGCCGAAGCAGGACACGCUUGCAGACUUCUGGAGGAUGAUAUGGGAACAGAAAUCAGCCACUAUUGUCAUGCUGACGAAUCUGAAAGAGAGAAAAGAGGAUAAGUGUUAUCAGUAUUGGCCCGAUCAGGGAUGUUGGACGUACGGGAAUGUUCGUGUUGCUGUGGAAGACUUCACUGUCCUGGUGGACUACACGAUACGUAAAUUCUGUGUGCAAUAUCAGGCCAGUGACGGAACCAAAACACCCCGUCUGGUCACUCAACUGCACUUCACCAGCUGGCCUGACUUCGGUGUUCCGUUCUCUCCCAUCGGCAUGCUCAAGUUCCUCAAGAAGGUGAAGCAGGUGAAUCCCUCGUACGCCGGACCCAUCGUGGUGCACUGCAGUGCCGGGGUGGGCAGAACAGGAACGUUCAUCGUCAUUGACGCUAUGAUAGACAUGACGCACGCAGAACAGAAGGUGGACGUGUUUGGCUUCGUGUCACGGAUCCGAGAGCAGAGGUCACAGCUUAUUCAGACAGACUUACAGUACUCUUUCAUCUAUCAAGCUCUUCUGGAGUAUUUUCUGUACGGGGACACAGAGCUCGACGUGUCCUCUCUGGAGGGUCACCUGGAUAAACUGCACAACACCUGUGCACCGCUUGACCGCGUGGGCCUGGAGGAGGAGUUUAAGAAACUCACAAACAUGCGCAUCAUGAAGGAAAAUAUGCGGAUGGGAAACCUUCCUGCCAACAUGAAGAAAAACAGAGUCCUUCAGAUUAUUCCAUAUGACUUUAACAGAGUCAUCCUGUCGAUGAAAAGAGGUCAGGAGUUCACCGAUUAUAUCAACGCAUCUUUCAUUGAUGGGUACAGACAGAAGGACUAUUUCAUCGCGACGCAGGGUCCUCUGUCAAGCACGGUGGAGGAUUUCUGGAGGAUGGUUUGGGAGUGGAAGUGUCACUCCAUCGUAAUGCUGACAGAACUGCAGGAGCGAGAUCAGGACAAGUGUUUUCAGUACUGGCCCUCUGAGAACUCGGUGACGUAUGGAGAUUUCACAGUGGAGAUGAAAGGAGACACGCUGUGUGACACGUUCAGUCUUAAAGAUCUGCUGCUCACAUACGGACCGGACAAACACACACGUUUAGUUCGACACUUUCAUUUCCACGGCUGGCCAGAGAUCGGCAUCCCAGCCGAAGGUAAAGGAAUGAUUGACAUCAUUGCAUACGUUCAGAAACAACAGCAGCAGUCGGGCAACCAUCCCAUAGUGGUGCACUGCAGCGCUGGAGCAGGACGGACCGGUACAUUUGUCGCUCUCAGUAAUAUUCUGGAGCGUGUGAAAGCCGAAGGUUUGCUGGACGUGUUUCAGACCGUCAAGAGUUUACGAAUGCAGCGGCCACACAUGGUUCAGACGGUGGAGCAGUAUGACUUCUGCUACAGAGUGGUACAGGACUUUGUCGACAUUUUCUCAGACUAUGCCAAUUUUAAAUAAUCUAAUCUGCCUUAAAUGUUUGAGUUGUUGGAUGCUUUUUUACACGCCGGUCGAUCAGGAUUUUCUACCACGACUGAAAGAUAAUUCCGCUCUAUUUUGCUAUGCACUUCUCCUCAACGUUACUAAAAAACCAUAUCUAUCUGUAAUAUAAUGUACUAAGGCUACUAAAGUUUUAAAAACUGUAAAUUUGUCUUCUUUAUAACAUAUUUAAAUGGUUUAUUUUAUUUUGGUCUCAAAUUGUUUUUAUUACAACAGAUCAUUCCAGUUUCUGUUUGAAUUGUAAAAUAGUGUUUGUCUUUGUUUGUUUGUUCAACAAAUUAUUUUUAUUUGUUUUUUGAAGAGUCGUUUGGAAUUUGUAAAGCUGUAGCUGUGAUGUAUUUAAAGACAGGACAACCUGCGAGAUCGGACAUUUAUGUGAACGUUUCAUAUGGUUUUAUUUAUUCAGAGUUGUCUUAUGAGAGAUCUCAUUGUGUCAAAGCAUUGUUUUUAAUCCCUGUCUUUAACAUUGUCCUUAUCAGCCAUCGCAAAUGUGAAUGUUGUUGACUUUUUGGUUUUAAAGCAGCAAAUAUUUCCAUCAAAUGAAGAGGCUAUGUGAGAUGAUUUGAGUUUUUGAGAAUAUGGCUAGUGUAUUGUUCUUAAGAAAGGCACAAACGUGUUUACCUUGAAAAAUCUGCAAGAAUUUGCAUUUAGAGAUGAUCUUGCACACAGCAGACAGGAGAUGUGUUUGUCUCAUGACCUUGCCCCUGUCUCCCUGAGAAUUUACUGAGAAAAGCUGCAUAGGUUUGUAAAGCACACAAACAUACAUGACUGAUUGUUGCCUUGCAGAGGGCAAAUGAUUUCCAAUAAAUGAACAAAUGCAUUAUGAAACACACUUGUCCUGCCUU